AUGCAGCUCAAAAACACACUUGAAAUUUCGCCCCUCUCUGGUAAUAUUCCAUUCUUUGCUGCUGCCACGACUAGCAAGGAUCCCGCUCAGAAUCACUCUUGCUCGAGAUACAGGGAUAAUAUCGAUUAUUUUCCGAUGACAAGCUCCUCACAAAAAAUCGUGGACUCGAACGACGAACUUAUGAUUUCCCAAGAUUUUGGCUACCAGUCUUCCAACAAUAUCGUCUCCUCCCUCGACACCGUCACUCACUCCUCCGCUGCACUUGUGAAACACGAAGUCCAACCAGGGGGCUCUUCGAAGGAGAAAUCUAUCGCGUCGAGAAGAUCGAGAGCGACUCAUGUUUCCCAGCCUGACUUCAAGAAGGAUGCUAGGAGCAUCGCACUCUCCGUCUUUAACAUGAUGAAUUUGGUCAUCGGCGGCGGUGUGAUCGGACUUCCUUUUGCUGCCGCACAAUUUGGCUAUGUUGGCUUCACGAUGGCCAUAUUUACGGUCGUCAUUAUUGCCUGUUGUACGCAGUAUUUCAACCUUUCGGCCGCUCAACACUUAGAGAGGAUAGAUCCUUUAAUUAUUCCUGGCUACGAAGAACUAGGAUACCUUGCUGCAGGAAACAAAAUAUUGGGUAAACGGAUCGUCUCCGCAAUUGUCAUGUUUCACACGUUCACCUGUUGCUGUGCAUAUUCCUUCGUCAUCCGCAAAGAGUGCGGCCCCAUUCUAGCGAGGUUAAUAAACCUCGUCUCUGGAAGCGAAACCGUAAAUCUUGCUACCCUACGAUCCGACGGUGGCGUCGAAGGAAGAUGGUACCUAAACGAAAAAACUCUCGUCGGCUUGUUUAUCGCCUUCAUCAUCACACCACUCGCCUGUCUUCGAAACGUGAAAAAUCUUGGUUACACCUCCGCUAUUGCCAUUUUCGCCAUCAUUUUCUUCGUCGUUACUGUCAUCACCCAAAAAGACUUUGCUGCCGGCCAAUGUCCGUUGGAAUAUCCUGAAAGUUGUGAACAUUGCCCUGAAACCACACAAGAAUGCGAAGCUCAUCCAUUCCGACUCAGUUCUGACGCUAUCUAUUCGCUCCCAACUCUUCUAUUUUCUUUCGAAUGCCAUGGAACGAUGUUGCCGAUCUACUGCGACCUUCGCCGAAAAUCGAAAGGAAAAAUGAUGAAGAUCAUCCUUGCAUCUCUACUCUUGGUCGUUUCCGUCUAUACGAUUACUGCUGUGUUUGGCUACUUUUCUUUCUUCAACCACGUCAACGCCGAAUUCCUGCUUAUGUUCGAAUACCUUAAAAUGGACAGUGCUUCUACUGAGAUCCAAGUUGUUAUUGCCAAGUUCAUGAUGGUCCUCGUUGUCACUUUCUCCGCGCCUCUUUUCUGCUUCGUUCUCCGAAAGUCGAUCUUCCUCAACAUUUUCCCAGAAGAAGAGCCUGAAUUUAUCGCUGGCAAGUACCAUUACGGUGUGACUGUCACCAUCAUGGCAAUCAUCUACUGUAUCGUGGUGUCAGUUGAAGAUCUCAAAAUCUUCUUCGCGAUGGGAGGCCAGAUUUCCGCAACGAACCUCAUGAUCGUCUUCCCUUCACUAUUUUUCAUCUUUAUCUGCCACAAGGACAAAAAAUUGAGUUUGAAAACGAUGCUACCCUGGAUCUUAAUCAUGUUUGGCAUCUUCAACCAGACGGUCAUGACUUACAUCAUCGUCAGCAAAGAGCUCGAGAACUCUGCACACCACGGAAACACUACUGCCCACUAA